CCUGGUUUACAGACGUCAUUUCCGGGGCUGAUGACGGGUGAACACAUGUAAACAAAAUGGCGGCGCCCGUACGGCUGUUCAGUGCUGCGAGAGGGCAUCUUGUAAAGAAUCUUCUGAAAACAAGUCCAGUCACACAGAGGUUCCGCCAGCGGGCCACACAAGCUGCAGCUCAAGUAGUGCUCAAUGUCCCGGAGACGAAGUUAACCACACUGCCCAAUGGCCUCAGAGUGGCGUCUGAAGAUUCUGGACUGCCGACCUGCACGGUGGGUCUGUGGAUCGAUGCUGGGAGUCGGUACGAGAAUGACAGGAACAAUGGAACAGCCCACUUCCUGGAGCACAUGGCCUUUAAGGGUACAAGGAAGCGUUCCCAGCUAGACCUGGAGCUUGAGAUAGAGAACAUGGGAGCCCACUUGAAUGCAUAUACUUCGAGAGAGCAGACAGUAUAUUACGCCAAAGCCUUCUCUAAAGACCUUCCCAGAGCUGUAGAGAUUCUCGCUGAUAUCAUCCAGAACAGCAUGCUGGGGGAAGCAGAGAUUGAGCGAGAGCGUGGUGUCAUCCUUCGAGAGAUGCAGGAAGUGGAAACCAACCUACAGGAAGUUGUCUUUGACUAUCUGCAUGCUACGGCAUACCAGGACACAGCUUUAGGAAGAACCAUCCUUGGACCUGCGGAGAACAUCAGAACUAUAAACAGAGCAGACCUUGUGGAGUAUAUUACAACUCACUACAAGGGGCCAAGGAUCGUGCUGGCUGCAGCUGGAGGAGUGUCCCACAGUGAACUAAUAGAUUUGGCUAAAUACCACUUUGGAAAGCUGCCAGCCAGGUACAGGGAUGAGGCACCAGCAUUACCGUCUUGCAGAUUCACUGGAAGUGAGAUUCGAGUCAGGGAUAAUAAGAUGCCACUGGCUCACAUAGCGAUUGCUGUGGAGGCAGUGGGUUGGUCUCACCCUGACACUAUCCCUCUCAUGGUGGCCAACACACUUAUCGGGAACUGGGACCGCUCUUUCGGUGGUGGUGUGAAUCUGUCCAGUAAACUGGCCCAGAUGGCGUGCCAGGGGAACCUGUGCCACAGCUUCCAGUCAUUUAACACCUGCUACACGGACACGGGGCUGUGGGGGAUCUACACCGUCUGCGAGCCGAGCACGAUCAGCGACAUGGUGCACUUCACACAGCUGGAAUGGAUGUCUAUGUGCACCAGUGUGUCGGAGAGUGAAGUAGCGAGAGCUAAGAAUCUCCUCAAGACCAACAUGCUGCUUCAUUUAGACGGUUCCACACCCAUCUGUGAGGACAUCGGGAGGCAGAUGUUGUGCUACGGCCGCAGGAUUCCACUGCAUGAACUGGAGGCCAGAAUAGAUGCCAUAGAUGCAAACACCAUCAAGGAAGUGUGUACUAAAUACAUUUACAACAAAGUUCCAGCAAUCGCAGCCGUUGGGCCAAUUGAUCAGCUUGCAGACUACAACCAGGUUAAAAGUGGGAUGUACUGGCUCAGACCCUGAGAGAGACGAGGAGAGCGUCACAUAGAUUACAAACCAGAGUAUUUAUGGAGUCUGUGCAUUUUUUUUCUGUUUUAUUAUAAAAUAAAGAACAACACAAUAACAUUAAAAGAACAUGAGGCUGA